CAGAGGCGACCGGAGCGGGGCCCGGGCGGCGGCACCGGCGGCACCACAGGAGGAGGCGGCGGCGGCGACAGCGGCGACAACAGCGGCGACAGCGGCAGCCGGGGGGGGUCCCAACGACUCGGAGCCCGGCGGUCCCCCCGUUCCCCUUCGGUGCCCGGCGUCCCCGGUCGGCGGCGCUGACAGCCCGCCCGGAGCACCGGGGGCGGCCGCGGCCACCAUGUCCUCCCCCAGCCCGGGCAAGAGGCGGAUGGAUACCGACGUGGUCAAGCUUAUCGAGAGCAAACAUGAAGUCACGAUCUUAGGAGGACUCAAUGAAUUCGUCGUGAAGUUUUAUGGACCACAAGGAACACCAUAUGAAGGUGGAGUAUGGAAAGUUAGAGUCGACCUUCCUGAUAAAUACCCUUUCAAAUCCCCGUCUAUAGGAUUCAUGAAUAAAAUUUUCCAUCCCAACAUCGACGAAGCGUCGGGAACUGUAUGUCUAGAUGUAAUUAAUCAAACUUGGACAGCUCUCUAUGAUCUCACCAAUAUAUUUGAAUCGUUCCUGCCCCAGCUGCUGGCCUAUCCCAACCCUAUAGAUCCUCUAAAUGGUGACGCUGCAGCCAUGUACCUCCACCGACCAGAAGAGUACAAACAGAAAAUUAAAGAAUACAUUCAGAAAUAUGCAACAGAAGAAGCACUAAAAGAACAGGAAGAAGGCACCGGGGACAGCUCGUCCGAGAGCUCCAUGUCCGACUUCUCGGAAGACGAGGCUCAGGAUAUGGAGUUGUAGUAGAAGAGGCAACCCUGCUUUUCAGAGAGACUCUAAUUUCCUAACCAUGAGAAGCAGACUAUAAUAUUCAUAUUUAAACAAAGCAAUUUUUUUUAUUACUAAACAAGGUUUUUAUGAAUAAUAGCAUUGAUAUAUAUAUAUAUAUAUCACCCUUUAGAUCUUGAUUUUUUUUUUCUUGGUCAUUUCUCGAACCCGAGGUGCAUAGCAUAUUCCCACAUUCCAUUUUGGUAGCAAUAUGCAGCCCGAAUGCAUGCAUUCAAAAUUCCAUUUGGCCAAGUCGACUUGUGUGCUACUGAACUGUCAGCUAACAAAUAAAACCACAGCUGCCCCGGUAGGUAGGGAGUUAGCAAAAAAAAUGAGAAAAAUGAAAAAAAAAACAAAGAUGUUUGCUUUCUUAUCGCUGUUUCCAAAGACACCACCUUGGACGCCACCGUGGGGACGGCGUUUUGCUCGAGGUCUAAAAGCUUGGGGGAUGCUACUGGCCGUGUAGAUCAGACAGUGGAAGGAAAGGUGCUCCUUCAGGUCAACCUUUGGUCGUAUUUGACGUGGAGUCACAUUUAAUCAAAAUAAAAGCAGUGCAAAUGCAUGGAGCUAUUCAGAGCAUUGACGCUUCAAAGUUUUGACUUGGAUUUUAAGUCCGUUUUUCUAUGUGGACUCCUGCCUGCCCUGGCGAGCCGUAGGGACUGCCAACCACUGCUCUAUUCGCUUUGGGGACUUUGGAAAACCUUCACCUGGAUGUUAAUUCACUUUCUUGGUCUGGAUUACGAGCUGGUCCCUUUUCUGGGAGGAAAAACAAGAAGUAAACCACAAGCGAUGCUUUCUGAACAGUGCUUUGAUUUAGCUGGAGCACAUGUGAAGUCAAACUGUCAUAGUUUGGAAACUGCUGCCCUUUAAUGGCUUCAAGUUUGCUUUAUUUCUUUUUUUAAUUAUUAUUAUUUUGGGUUCUUUUCUUGCUUGAAAUAUGGUUAAACACCUGGCAAACACUCUCCAUCUCCUCAGAAGGUCCUCGGACCGGAUGGAUUUGCCUUGCUGAGAGCUUCAGAUCCACCAAGAUCGGCCCAUUGCCCGUAGUCCACGAAUCCAUCGGCACUGAUUUGAUUUGCCUUUUUCUGUUGGUUUUCCCCCCGUUCCCCCUCCUGCACCAGCUUUGUCGCCAUCUGCUUGUGUGUGUGCAACAGGAUUAACAUUUCUGAAAAGUUAACGAAGAAUAUGAUCUAGAAAAAGAAAAAAUGAAUAAAAAAAAAAAAGCCUAAAAGCACCAAUUGAGGAAGCAAGUGAAUCUGCUCUGGUUUGGUUUAUUAUUGCUUUUUUUAGUUCUUUUUUGUCCAGAAUGCUUCUGGAUUGAAACAUUUGAUUUCUCCUGGUGUCUUUCAGUGAGCUGAGAUUUGUUUGUUCGCUUUAAUAUACAAAAUCUAAUACAGUAAAUGUCUCCCCGGGAUGCCGGGAUACUUGAAUUCGGAUCAUUGUGCAUUGGAGAUUCCAACCAAGCUGGGUUUUUAAAGCUGAAUGUUACCUGCUGUAUUUUCGGGGGGGGGUUCUGGAGGGGUUUGGACACGACGUUUUCAUCUGUGGUGCGACCUACAGGACAGCGCAUGGAAAACUCACUCACCCCAGCAACACUCGAGCGGAGUUGUCAAUGUCAGGCCUGGUACCUUUGUCAUUCUCCCAGAAUUGUUUCUUUAGGAAGUUUCGAGUCGUCGGGAUUGGGACCUUCCAAUCCUAUUUCUCAUUCAUAAAGCACAAUCAAUUUAUUACUAUCCUUUCUUUUGGGGAAAAAACAAACCCUCGUAAACCCACUUUGCUUUAGCAUGAUUUUCCUUAAUAAAAACUAUACAAAGAA